AUGGCCGAGGAGGACAAGUGUCCAAGUCUUAUUGCGUUGCAGUCUCUGAGCAACCUGCAGUUCUCCAUGUAUUGUACCACGUACACGGUAGCUCAAACGACCACGACAGCUACGAUGUGUGCGUCCUCCGCAGAACCUGGGGGAGCACUACAGGCUCCGUUCGAGUUCAGCGGCCUUAAAGCUAGCGAUGUGGCUUCACAUUCCAACCAACUCCCAAACCAAAGCGCCAGUGUGGCUUCACUUCCCAACCGAAAAACGCGAAAUUCUUGCGGUAAGUUCACAAACAGUACUUAUACUCCCGGACAUUAAUUUCUGACCACCCAUAUCUGAAGUGAAUGUAACGCAAUCAAUUUGAAAAUUGGCAUGUGUACUAGUCAUGACAGGCAGGAUGUGCCACAUAAAAUUGUUUUUCGUGUCUCUGUCCUUAGGCGAGUUAUGCAGGUUUUACAAAGAAAGUACGUUUUAAAAAUUUUAUGAGACCUUCCACUGUUAGACGGGACAUACCUCAAAAAAUACUCCAGAUCACGGUGAUUUGGAAUACUUUAGCAAAAAGUGUUUCUUGAGCUUCUGCGACAUUAUAAACAGGUCUACGUAGACCCCAUACUUUUACUGAUUCUUUAAUGAAAUUUCAGCCAAACGAAAGGAUGAUGGUAGCCACCGUGCUCGAAGCAACUUCAACGAAGCGCAACUCAUGUGUCUAGAGAGAUCGUUCGAUGCUUCGCCAUACGCAAGCCUUCUAACCCGUGCGAAGCUGAGCUAUGAGACAGGGAUCUCCGAAGCGAAAAUUCAGGUAAGGAAAUGGUUCUUUCACGGAUAGCAGGGUUUACAAACCUCUAAAGAAAAGCGUAAAUGUAAAAGAAAUUUCGCGAAGUUUGACAAUUUUGUGGAAGACUUGGAAGAAGAUGUGUUAAUACGGAAAAUUUACGUCGACGGGCACAGCACCUUCGCUGCCAGGGCGCUGAAACCUCCGGUAAACAUCUACACACACGUAAAAAAUAUUGGUACAUCUAACAGGGGAAGUAGCCCUUAGAUUUUCUUUGAACUUUGCACACGUCGGGCAUCGACCAGGUAUAAAUUCCUGAAAGUUUUAGCUCGUGCUUUGCAAGCGCCGCCGCGAUAUUGAACGAUCUUUGCCGCCGAGAGAGCACGCUAAACGCGGAGAGCGGUCAGAAAGAAAACCGCUUUUUGGCGAUAACUUUGGCAGUUUCGUGCGGAAAAAUUUGAUUUUUUGCAGAAACAUUAUCCUCUAACAAGGGAAGUCACUUUUUUCGCAGACGGACUUUGGAACGAGACCUAGUAGGUUUCAAACGUGAAGCGCCUGCGACCAUAAAACUUAUCUCCAAAAGUGUUUACGGGACUUCUCUGCCGAGAAAAUCGACCGCAAAGUUUAGCCCAAAUGGGCGAAUAGCCUCCCCAAAAGAAACAGCUUAUUUCAUCUGCAGUGGUGGCCGAGCGGUCAGUGCGCUCGCUUUUUGCGCCAGAAGACGUGAGUUCGACUUCGGCCGUCUGCGGAUGCAUUUCUUUUGGCCAUUGAAAUAAAUAGCGAAAUGCCGUUAACACCGCAUGUGCUAACUAUUAGCAAUUUUUAAUAAAACACGAAUUUAGAAACUAUAUCUUCAUUAACCCAGGUCUGUUUUGACUUUACAAUAUUCAUGAACAUUCAGCUUUGAGUUUAUGUUUAAAUAACUGUAAAAAAAUUUAAAAAGUGUAUACAUUUUAUGUUUACACACUAAAUCAAUAUUUACGAACCAAAAAAGAAAAUAAACUGCGCAGAGGAUCGAACCCGCCUCUUCUGGCGCAAAAAGCGAGCGCACUGACCACUCGGCCACCACUGCAGAUGAAAUAAGCUGUUUCUUUUGAGGAGGCUAUUCGCCCAUUUCGGCUAAACUUUGCGGUCGAUUUUCUCGGCGGAGAAGGCCCGUAAACACUUUUGGAAAUCAGUUUUAUGAUUGCAGACGCUUCACGUUUGAAACCUACUAGGUCCCGUUCCAAAGUCCGUCUGCGAAAAAAGUGACUUCCCUUGCACGGCAACCCAGGGAGUCUCCCGCCUCGUUUCGGCACUUCGCCCACCUAGUAUCGGUUGAAUUAAAACGAAAUGUCAAAAAUGAAUUUUUCGUGUGGUUUUCCGACCGAAAAAUAUUUUUCUCGGAAUUAUUUUAUUUCUUUUGUGAAUUUUGACACUUCGUUUGGACGAAAUUCAAAAGUGGGCGGGAGACAUUUUUGUUCUAUUUUGGGUUGCCGUGCCUUGUAAGGUAGAAAUAGGCAUGAAACUUUUCAUGCUGAAAUUCAGUAAAAAUUGUCAAAUUUUCGCCAACUUUCGAUUUAAAAAUCUCAGUUGUUUCUGCAAAGCGCGAGCUAGGAAUCUCGCAUAUAUCUUAGAAAAAAUUAUUCUAAAUUUGAGCCAAGUUUCAUCAAAAUCUGAGCGGAAUACUCCCCUGUAAGUUUCUGCAAAGUUUUAUCAAGCGCCAUAUUUGGAGCAAUCCCUCUGUAAAAUACAGUCAUACAUAGCACGCAGCAAGACGAGUUUUUCGGGGGCUAAGUUUUCUCCGAUUCGCUUGUUAUUAUUUAUCAUCUAUAGUGGUUUGCUUUGUUUGCAGGGAUGGUUCAAGAAUCGUCGAGCCAGACUUCGGAGGACUGCCAGUGAUUUUCACUCGUCAAACUCCGCCAUCGAUUACACUUCACCCAAGGUUACGGAAAUAUUUUCAAUGCUACGCUUUUGUUAA